UUUCAGACCGCCCACAAGAAGCGCGGCCAGUAGGACGGCUAAGUUUGUGUCUUCCAGCUCCAGACUCCAGCUGAGGGCGGCGACACGCUGUGGGCAAGAGAGACUGGGACUCCGGAGGUGCGAGAGAGAGAGAGAGAGAGCGGGGGCAGCACACUUAUCGCGGUGUUUCCUCCCUUUCGUUCCCGAGGGAGUUCUCGCGAGACAAGCAAAGGGAAGAUGGCGGUGCCCUGGUUUUUGGUGUGAGGCAGUGGCGGCGGCUGCGGUGGCUGCUGCAGCUGCGGCGGCGGGGACUGGAAUCCUGGUGUCGUGGGUACCAGAGUUGUGGCUCCCUUCAGCGAGCUUGCGUCUCUUGGUGCCUAGGCGAGAGCCGGCUUUUCUUCCAGGAGAUGCGUUUGUCCCGGGCUCGGAGGUGCUCUGGGAGUUCAUGCUGCGCUGGAGGCUCCUGGCCGCCGCUCUAAUCACCUCGUGCCGCCGCAGCGCCAGCUCCGUCGCCCGCGGUGAGCCUGCCGCAUCUACUCCCUGCCCCUGGCGGCGGUGAUGACCGGGGAGAAGAUCCGUUCAUUGCGGAGGGACCACAAGCCCAGCAAAGAAGAGGGGGACCUGCUGGAGCCUGGAGAUGAGGAAGCGGCAGCUGCUCUCGGCGGCACCUUUACCGGAGGCAGGAUUGGCACUGGCAGCAGCGGCAAGGGCGGCAAAGCCUGUCAUAAGAUCUUCAGUAACCAUCACCACCGGCUGCAGUUGAAGGCAGCUCCGGCCUCCUCCAAUCCCCCUGGUGCCCCGGUCCUGCCGCUGCACAAUUCCGUGACUACCACUUCUCAGUCCCCGGCUCUCCUAGCCGGCACCAAUCCUAUUGCAGUCGUCGCGGAUGGAAGCAACUGCCCCGCACACUAUCCGGUGCACGAGUGCGUCUUCAAGGGGGAUGUGAGGAGACUUUCCUCUCUCAUCCGAACACACAAUAUCGGGCAGAAAGAUAAUCACGGAAACACUCCUUUACAUCUUGCUGUGAUGUUAGGAAAUAAAGAAUGUGCCCAUUUACUUUUGGCUCACAAUGCUCCAGUAAAGGUGAAAAAUGCUCAGGGAUGGAGCCCUCUGGCAGAAGCCAUCAGCUAUGGAGACAGACAGAUGAUUACAGCUCUUUUAAGAAAGCUUAAGCAGCAAUCCAGGGAAAGUGUUGAAGAAAAACGACCUCGAUUAUUAAAAGCCCUGAAAGAGCUAGGUGACUUUUAUCUAGAACUUCACUGGGAUUUUCAAAGCUGGGUGCCUUUACUUUCCCGAAUUCUGCCUUCUGACGCAUGUAAAAUAUACAAACAAGGUAUUAAUAUCAGGCUUGAUACAACUCUCAUAGAUUUCACUGACAUGAAGUGCCAACGAGGGGAUUUAAGCUUCAUUUUCAAUGGGGAUGCGGCACCCUCUGAAUCUUUUGUAGUAUUAGACAAUGAACAGAAAGUUUAUCAGCGAAUACACCAUGAGGAAUCAGAGAUGGAAACAGAAGAAGAGGUUGACAUUUUAAUGAGCAGCGAUAUUUACUCUGCAACUUUAUCAACCAAAUCAAUUUCUUUCACUCGUGCCCAAACUGGAUGGCUUUUUCGGGAAGAUAAAACAGAAAGAGUAGGAAACUUUUUGGCAGACUUUUAUCUGGUGAAUGGACUUGUUUUAGAAUCAAGGAAAAGAAGAGAACAUCUCAGUGAAGAGGAUAUCCUUCGAAAUAAGGCCAUCAUGGAGAGUUUGAGCAAAGGUGGAAACAUAAUGGAACAGAAUUUUGAGCCUGUUCGAAGACAGUCCCUUACCCCUCCUCCUCAGAACACUAUUACAUGGGAAGAAUAUAUAUCUGCUGAAAAUGGAAAAGCUCCGCAUCUGGGUAGAGAGCUGGUGUGCAAAGAGAGUAAGAAAACCUUUAAAGCCACCAUAGCCAUGAGCCAGGAAUUUCCCUUAGGGAUUGAGUCAUUAUUGAAUGUUUUAGAAGUAAUAGCUCCCUUCAAGCACUUUAACAAGCUUAGAGAAUUUGUUCAGAUGAAGCUUCCUCCAGGCUUUCCUGUAAAAUUAGAUAUACCUGUGUUUCCCACGAUCACAGCCACUGUGACUUUUCAAGAGUUUCGAUAUGAUGAAUUUGAUGGCUCCAUCUUUACUAUACCUGAUGACUACAAGGAAGAUCCAAGCCGCUUUCCUGACCUUUAACUGACAUGGAAAAUAUGCCAUCUAACCAAGGAAAAACAAUGAGAUACCCUGGAGGUCAACCCAAAUAGAAGGGACAAAUGCUUUCAGUAAAGAAAAGGGAAUUACACAUUGAAUUGACACAUCAGUAAUGAUAAAGAAAUGGGCCUCUAAUAUGAAUUUUAGCAAGUUUCCUGAUGUGCCAUUUUCAGUCUUUUUAAAAAUAUACUUAUUAUAAGUGUAGUAGUUUGACACCUUAAUAACCCUAAGACCUUCGUAUGUAAAGCAGCUAUGAGUGCUGUGAUUUGUUUUUAAAACUUUUUACACUUCUUGAAGUAUAUAUGCAUAUAAAUAUAUCUAUAUAUCUAUAUCUAAAACACUCCUGGACCAUUAACAUAAAUUAAAUGUCUUAAGAGAUGUUGAAGCCCUUUAAAACUUGUCAUCUUAUAUUCAAGGUGACAUUUAUAAAUAUUCCUUCAAGCUUUGUUUUCAUAAAAUGUAAACUAUGUAACAUUAUGUAUAGUUCAGUAAAUUGAAUGUUUGUUCAGUAUAAUGAACUAGAAGGAAUGCAAUUUUCUGUAGAUGAAUGAACCAAAUGGUAACCAUUAAACAAAACAAUUGCAUUUAUAUGUUGCAAUACAUUUCAGAGGGAGCGUUCACUCUGCAGGGAAUAUGGUACCUCCUUUAGCACCUUAGUGCAAUUCAUUGUGGUGCUAUUUGUUUUUACCUGAAUUCUUUCUUCAAUGGAAAAUGUUUGUUACUAAUCUUCUUUUCAUAGAACUUCUAUUUUUUUCCCCCUAAACUUAAGUUUAAGAGUCCUUGUUAUGUUCAUGAUAAGGUACGGUUAGCAUGCUUAUAGAUAGUCCUCUUCUAAAUCUCAGCACUUUAAACAAAUUCCAAAUUUUUAAACUUGCUUCCUAAUAAGUACAUAUAAGUCUGAUGAUUUUGUUUGUUUUUAGUGGAAUAUGGAUCAUUGGUGUCAAUUUUAAGACGACCCACAUAUUUUGGACAGCCCUACAUAUAUAAUGCUUUCAAAGUAAGGUAAAAACAUUUUAUAUGCUAACAGAAUAUAUUUGUUACAAGCUAAAGUCCAGAAGCAUAUGGAAGAUUGACAAUACCUAUUGUUAAUUUUUUUUGGUCACAGGAAAAUAUUUGAUUUUAAUUGUCUCCAAAAUGUUAAAAUCAUGCAUUACUCAUUUUUUGACUUAAAAUUUCUUGUAUUUAUUCCAAGACGGUUUGAAGGUCCAAAAAUGAAAAUAAAUUAGGGAGACUAAUGUAUAACAGUGAUAAAGUAUCAUGUUGUAUUAAAGAGCUUAGCUAAUUUUUUAAAAAAAGUUUGUCCUGAUGAAUUUGUCAAGAAUGCAUCUGUCAAGUUUUUUAGUGUCCAGUAGUUUAAACUUGUACCAGAAUUUUAGGUAAUUUGAAAUGAGUUUAGAGACCUUUAUUGAAGAGAUGAUUUAUUUAACAAUCCAAAGUUAUCAACCAUAAGAAAAUUUUUUAUGAUAAAUAUCUUUAAAACUGCAUCUUCCAUACAUACCAAUUGACCUUUUAAUAAAUACAUUUAUAAUGCAGAAAAAUAUUCAUAGUUAAAAAUUCAAAGACCUAAUCACUAUCGUAUGUGGGUCUGUUGAAUUUUGAGGAAAGAAUUGGUAAACGGAGAGCUAGCUUUGCUGAAAAGAAGUUGAUCACUCAUAUUUAGGGAAUGGCUGUACAUCAAGUGAUUGAAAUAUCCCGUCUUUGGUUAUUAUGGGGUUUAAGACUCUAAAUGGCAGUGACUACUGUUGCUCUUAGGCUCCCUCACUUUGUAGGAAUCUGGUAUACUUUCAGGAAUAUACUGCAGAUUUUUUGCAUAAGUGCAGACUAAUUGGAGAGGAAAAAAGACAUGGUGAAUUGCAGCUUGGGAUUUAUCAAUUUCCUAACAGCUGUGACAGUUAUGCUGGGGUACACUGGAGGUGGGAAGACUACUGAAAACUUUUGCACUUGGAUUUUGUAUUUAAUACUUUUUCUUUAAGAAAUAGUAGAAACAAAUUGUCCAUUCCAAAAUGUCUUCUGAUCGUGAAGAACAAACAAAUGUCAAUAUCUAUUAUGAUGGUGGAAAAAAUAAUGCAAAUAAACUUUUCACAAUAUUAGAUUUUCAAAAUGUGCUCCUUAAUGCAGUUAAGUUUAAAAUGAAUAGAUCACAGCAGCCAUAUAUUUUGAUAAUUUCACACAAAAAUCAAGAUUUUGUAAUGUGGGUUUAUAAAAUUGUCUUCUGCUUGUGAUUUUAGAAACUUAUAAACUGAGUUGGGGACAUAAAACAGUCAAAUAAACAUUUAGACAUGGCUGAUACUGCUGCCACUAAGUGGUAUUUAGAAUUUCUGUCCUCAAGAAAUUAUUCUAAUGAGACAAUUUGCCCUUUGUAGAAUUCUCAAAAUUCAUAAAAGGGAAACAUAAAGCUGAUUUCCCUGAUUGUUGUGGGUUUUAAGUACAUAAUGAUGUUUUGGAAAUUGACACGUCUCUCAGCUGAUAGAAGCUGAAAAACUAGUUUCCUUCUGCUCAGAUUGGUAUUAAGCUUCAUUUAUACUUAUUAGUGGGUUUUCACACUGUUAUGCACAUACAGCUCAUUAUUCACAUCUUGGCGGAAGGUGAAUAAUGACGUUUAGCAAGCUUCUCUCCAGUUUUCAUUAAGUAUACAGAUCAGAUGAAUAUCCUGAUUAUACUGUUUCAUUUUUGAGGCUAUGAAAGGGCUGGAAUAAAUAUUGUCUGUAAACAAUUAA